UCCGGCCCCGCCCCGGCCGGCCCACAGACCUUGGCUGACAGGCUGUGGCGCCGCCGCCGCGCAGGGCGAUGCAGCUGCCGCCCGCGCUGCACGCCCGCCUCGCCGGGGCACCUGGGGCGGCCGAGCCGCUGCCCGUGGAGCGGAACCCCAAGGCCGGGGCCGCGCCCUUCCGCUUCAUGGCGCGCCUGGUGCGCUUCCCGCGCGAGCAUGAGUUCUUCGAGGAAGGGGACGUCCAGCGGCACCUGUAUCUCCAGGACGUGCUCACGCAGGUUGCCGGGGAGCCCGAGAAGCCCAGGGUGCCCGAGUUCACCUGUCAGGUGGCGGGCUGCUGCCAGGUGUUUGACGCCCUGGAGGACUAUGAGCACCACUACCACACUCUGCACAGAAAUGUCUGCUCCUUUUGCAAACGGGCUUUCCCCUCGGGACACUUGCUGGAUGUCCACAUCCUGGAGUGGCAUGACUCGUUGUUCCAGAUCCUGUCCGAGAGGCAGGACAUGUAUCAGUGCUUGGUGGAAGGCUGCACAGAGAAGUUCAAGACCAGCAAAGACAGGAAGGAUCACUUGGUGAACCGUCACCUCUACCCUGCGGACUUUCGGUUUGAUAAACCAAAGAAAACCAGAAGCCUAGCCACACCCCAGGUCACCGUGCAAGUGUCGGCAGAAGCCCUGGGGGCUGACUGGGAGCAGUCAGAAGGGGACGCCAUGGAAGGCUGCUCAGAACCCGCGAGUGAGAGGCGCACGUGUGGCCACAGAAUACCUCCUACCAUCUGUUUUGGUCAAGGUGUAUCACGAGGAUUUAAAAGCACCAAGAAAAGAAAUAAACACCAGUGACGACUGAGAUGGAGAGAAAGAAUCACAGGCCUGCGAGCAGACCCUGAGGCAGGACCCUUGCCUUUUGCAGGACAUGGUGUCAGUGGUGGGCUUUUCUUUCGCCUGCUGGUGUGGCCCCUAGGACCCAGGCCUUUGCCACCCUCAAUGUCUGGGUCCCUGGGCUAAUGAUGGAAUGAUGUCAGUAGCCAUCAUCAGAAGCAGUGAGAGUCCCACAGGUUCCGGAAAUGAGCCCGACAGGUGCUCCAAUGAGUGAGAUGUGGAGACUGGCC